CCAUUGUGAUAGUACCAUAAUAUUGCUUCAAGUCUUAAACAACAUGAUGAAGUGUAUUGGUAGUUGAAAAUUGAAUAACAAUGCACUCCAUCAUUUUCUCUCUCCUCCUCACUUCACUCGCUCUCCUCUCAUCAGCAAUCCCACACCACCACCCUCCACCCUUAACUCCCACCCCUCUCCUCCCUUCCGCCGUAUCACCACCACUCCGCCACCCCACCACUGAAUUCUUCGAAGUCAGAAAACCCAUAAAACUCCCGCACACUACCCCUUGUUCUCACCUCUUCCUCUCCCAUGACUUCGCCUACACCUACGCUCACCCCCCUGUCACCGCCCCUUACUCCCCGCCUUCUCACUGCCCCUUCACCCGCUAUUCCUCCGUCGUCCUCGAAUUCUCCGCCACUUGCCAAGGCCGACAGUUCGACCGCAUCUUCGGCAUUUGGCUCAGCGGCGUUGAGCUCCUCCGUAGCUGCACUGCUGAGCCUACCCGCGAUGGUAUUUUCUGGCAGGUUCGUAAGGAUAUCACCAAGUAUUCUUCCCUUCUUUUGCGAUCUAAUCAGACGAUUUCUGUUUAUCUUGGGAAUCUCAUUGAUAAGACUUAUACUGGUGUUUACCAUGUUAAUCUCACUUUUCAUUACUACCCAGUUGAGCAUUCUGGUCAAAAGAAUCAGUUGAGUUCAGAUGAUUUAUAUCGGAAUUCGGCGGAUUUGAUUCUUCCCAUUUCCAGGAGUUUGCCGUUGAAUGAUGGGUUGUGGUUUGAAAUUCAGAACUCCACUGAUUUUGAGUCUAAGGAAGUAGUGAUUCCUAGGAAUGUGUACAGGGCUGUGUUGGAAGUUUAUGUUUCAUACCAUGAAAAUGAUGAAUUUUGGUGUACUAAUCUGCCUAAUGAUUAUUUGAUGGCUAAUAAUUUGACUGAUAAGCAGCCUGGAAAUGGGCCUUUUAGGGAGGUAUUAGUGAGUUUGGAUGGUGAUCUAGUUGGGGCUGUUUGGCCUUUCACUGUGAUCUUUACUGGAGGAAUUAAUCCUCUUCUUUGGAGGCCUAUUAGCGCAAUUGGUUCGUUUAAUCUUCCUUCUUAUGACAUUGAAAUUACUCCGUUGUUGGGCAAGUUGUUGGAUGGAAAACCACAUAGUAUCAGGUUUAGUGUUAUGAAUUCGCUGAAUGUGUGGUAUAUUGAUGCUAAUUUGCAUCUUUGGUUGGACAAGAAUGUUAAGGUAUUGAAGGGGAAACUCUUGGAGAACAAUGCUGAGCCUCUAACCUUAUCGUCGAGAUCCAAAUUUAAAGGUCUUGAUGGGAAGUUCUUUACUGGUGCAAGUAGGUCUAUAAUGUCUAAAGGGUGGAUAGAAUCCUCUAAAGGGAAUAUAACAACCAUUUCAAUCCAAAAAUUUGAUUUCCGAAACUUGAUUGUGCUUACAAAUGAUGGAAAUUGUCAGACUGUGAAUCAGACUAUAGACUUUAACACCAGUGUUUCCGCAAACAUGCUGUCAUCUUCUCCAUUUUACACGAUUGAAUCACGCAAGAACUUUCCACUGUUUUUGUACACCAAUGAGAUGGAUCAAGGUAACAAAAGCUAUAGUUUGUUGAGCAAUCUGACCUUGGGAUUCAACGAGGAUAAGACAUCGGUUGCUGAAAGUGUGAUUUCGUCGAGUACACUGAGGAACCAGCAAAAAGGCGAGGGAACUAUGUUGGUAAAGAACAAUUUGGUGGUGAGUGGAUUAGGAAGUACUCAUCAGAUAUAUGAUUAUGAUGAGAACAAUGGUGGAUUAUGUUACUUCAGGAAUGUGAGCAGCUACAACUACACCAUUAUUUUCGAUAAUGUAAGAGACAAAUGCGAAUCGGCAACUCGAGAUUAUGUUCCUCUCUUGUCUAAUCAUGGGAUUGUACUACUAUAAGAAUAGUUUCUACAUUGAGUUUAUUUGGUUUAGAACCAACUUCCUCAAAGGUUCAUUUACGUUUAAUCUGGUUUUUUUUUUCAGAUUGUUAGAUUAGGAUGUCAAUGUUGUUGUAAUAAACGAUUUCCAAAUAAAGAAGGAAGCGGAAAAAUGUAAGGACAAGUGCCUCGUUCAUGUUGAGAAGGAAUAGUUUAGGCUUGAAAUGAUGGCAGAACUAAGAAUGCGAGCUCUAAGCUUAAUUAAGAAGUGUUGCAUCUAUGUUUAAUAGGAAUCUGACGAAAGUUGGAACUUGAUUUUUUUUUUUAUAUAUUUAUGAAAUUAGUUUGUAAGGUUGAGUUUUCAAUUUUGAAUUGAAUAUGGCUUGUAAAAUUGAAUUAUUAGUUGAAUAUAUUGCCAGAUUUACA